AUGGCUCGUGGGAAAAUUCAGAUCAAGAAAAUUGAAAACCAAACAAAUAGGCAAGUGACUUAUUCUAAGAGAAGAAAUGGACUUUUCAAGAAGGCUAAUGAACUUACUGUUCUUUGUGAUGCUAAAGUUUCAAUUGUCAUGAUUUCUAGUACUGGCAAACUUCAUGAAUUUAUAAGUCCAUCUAUCACGACCAAGCAAUUGUUCGAUCUGUACCAAAAGACUGUUGGGGUUGAUCUUUGGAACUCCCACUAUGAGAAAAUGCAAGAGCAAUUAAGGAAGCUAAAGGAUGUCAAUAGGAAUCUACGAAAAGAGAUAAGGCAAAGGAUGGGAGAAAGUCUUAAUGAUCUGAACUAUGAGCAGUUGGAAGAACUCAUGGAAAAUGUGGACAAUUCUCUGAAGCUUAUUCGUGAAAGAAAGUACAAGGUGAUUGGCAAUCAGAUUGAAACAUACAAGAAGAAGGUUAGGAAUGUGGAAGAAAUACAUAGAAAUCUUCUGCUUGAAUUUGAUGCAAGACAAGAGGAUCCUUAUGGUGGAUUAGUUGAGCAGGAAGGAGACUACAACUCUGUGCUUGGAUUCCCAAAUGGUGGAGGGGCUCGUAUAUUAGCCUUACGCCUUCAACCAAAUCAUCAUCAUCUUCACAGUGGAGGAGGAUCUGAUAUUACUACUUUUGGUCUAGGUUGAUCAGUAGUAAUUAAUUAACCUUAUUGUGAUAUUAUUAUGAUUUGCCUAGCUAUUAUUAGUAUAUUAAUGUUUUCUAAAUAACCACAUGCAAUGUUUCUUCAUUGGACAUGCAUGAAACUCAUGUCUCUCCUACUUUUGCUUAAUUCAGUGUGUUAAAACCUAAACAAAAACUUACUCUAUGGUUUUUGGAUAUAUUGAAGUGUUAUGUAUCUUUUAAUGUUUAA